AUGGAAGCCUUGGAGGAAGCCAAGGAGGAGCUCUUCAACGCGCUUCUCGCGGCCAAGGCCGUCGAGGUGCCCUCUGCAGCUCUGAGGGAGGCAGAUGGGCUGCGGAGGAGGAUCCACAAUGCUCUGGAAGAUCUCAAGGGCUCUAUCCGCGUCUUCUGCCGCAUUCGUCCCAUCAACAAGCGGGAGAAAGAUCUUCAGGAUGUGGAUGUGACCGAGAUUGUUGACUCCAUGACUGUGAACACUCAGAAGCCAAGUGCUGGCACGAUCGCCAACGAGCCAGAGCAGUUCAACUUUGACGCCGUGUUCAAGCCUGGCACGCAGGCGGAAGUCUUCGACACUUGCAAGGAUUUGGUUCAAUCAGCCUUGGACGGCUACAACGUGGCCAUGUUUGCAUACGGCCAAACUGGUGCUGGAAAGACCUUCACCAUGUAUGGUGGAGCUGGUGACAACGCUGGCACGGCCCCACUGACUAUUUCUGAGCUGUAUCGUUUGAUCAAGCAGGAUGAGGAUCGAGUUCAAUUCACAAUCAUGGCCAGCAUGAUGGAGCUCUACCGCAACGAGCUUGUGGACCUGCUGGUUCCGAAAAGUGGCGGUGCUUCUCCGAAGAGGAAAAGCCAGAACCCGGGUUCUGCUGCGCUGGAGCAGAAGCUCAAUGUACGAGUCGACAAGUCUGGUGCUGUUCAAAUCGAGCACCUGCGGGAGGAGGAGUGCAAGACUGCGGAGGCUCUUUCUGACCUUCUGGAGCGCGGAAAUCAAAUGAGGACCGUGUGUGCCACCAAAAUGAAUAGCGAGAGUUCGCGAUCCCACCUCAUUCUCAUUAUUCGAGUUGUUGGCGUCAACAAGCAAACGGAGCAGAAGCUGAGUGGGAAAAUUCUCCUCUGUGAUUUGGCUGGGUCUGAGAGACUGAAGAAGUCUGACGUCUCAGGCGACGCGCAGAAAGAAGCGAUUGAGAUCAACAAGUCUCUGACAGCUUUGGGCGACGUCAUGGAGUCCCUGGUCAAAGGUGCUGCGCAUGUGCCAUACAAGAACCACAAGCUCACCCAGGUCAUGUCCGAUGCACUGGGUGGCACGUCAAAGACUCUUAUGUUCGUCAACUGCUCGCCGGCCAGCUCAAACUAUGAGGAAACUGUUAUGACGCUGAAGUUUGCAACCAGGGCGAAGACGAUCACAAACGAUGUAAAGCGGAAAAUGGUAGCAAAGUCGAAAGCAAUGCCAAAGGCAUAG